AUUGUGAGCUGUUAGCCCAAGGGUGUGGCUCAUUAUCUUUGCAGGUGGUCACGUGAUCACACGAGAUUGUGAGCUCCAUUUCUCACUCCAUUCUGCUCUGGCAAUCAUGUCGACAAUCCUUCCUCUUAAAGUUGUUAGUUUUACAUUAAAUGGACGGAGAGUGGAGCUGACUGAUCCUAGUCCUAAUACCAGUCUAAACGAGUGGAUACGGUCCCAGUAUGGGCUCUCUGGGACCAAGAGAAUGUGUGGUGAAGGAGGCUGCGGGUGUUGCGUAGUUUCUGCAACUAAGACGGACCUCUUGAGUAACGAGCAGGUUACUCUAGCCAUUAACUCUUGUUUGUGUCCUUUGUAUUCCAUUAAUGGUUGGUCUAUUACUACAGUUGAAGGAAUUGGCAGCUCUAAGAAAGGAUUUCAUCCUGUGCAGAAAAGGAUUGCAGAGUACAAUGGAACCCAGUGUGGUUACUGCACCCCUGGCAUGGUCAUGAGCAUGUACAGUUUACUGCAAAAGAUUCCUGAACCAACAAAGCAGAUUGUUGAGGACAAUUUUGAUGGUAAUAUCUGUCGUUGUACUGGUUAUCGUCCAAUAUUGGAUGCAAUGAAUCCUUUGCAGUUGAUUCAGAUGAACCA